GAGCUGCACGCUAAGGGAGCGCAUUGAAAAAAAUCGUUAUGGCAUUCUUAAAGGAAUUUUUAAUGUUGCUGCUGCUGCUGGCAGCAGCUAAUACACAGUCUUUUCAAACGGCCAACAAUGACACAGAUUUUAAUUGGAAUUUCAAUAGCAGUGAAGCCCACGAUACUGCUGGCCUUGGAAAUACUACCAGCAUAGAUUCAACUAACAGCUUUGCGUUGCCAAAUGACCAAUUAAUGAAGCUGCUACUUUUAGCCUUGUUUUUGCAUAUGACGGCUGUGGGCAUAGGUACCGCUAUCUAUUGCAUUAUCUAUUACAAGGCGCGUAAGGCUAAAGAUAAGCUGAUUAAAGCGCAUCAGCUAGUGCAGUAUGCCCGGGCUCGACAACAUGUUCCAAAUACUUUAAAUUGCGUUUGUGAUGGCUGUGGAAUUGCUAGGCAAAUAAUUCUGCAGCAAAUUGUUCCUUAACAAAUAAAAAAUGCAAAUAUUUAAA